AUGCCUGCAGCUUCCAAAGCAUGCGCCUCGUGUCGACACCAGCGGAAGAGGUGUGACGGCAACUGCCAGUACGCUGAGCUCUUCCCGGCAAGCCGGUACGACGAGUUCCAGGACGCGCAGCGGCUCUUCGGCGUGAACAACAUGCACAACAUCGUGAACGCGGUCGAGCCCGAGUUCAGGAAGCAGGCCGCCGAGUCGAUACUCAUGGAGGGCAACAUCAGGAGAAGCGAUCCCGUGCACGGGUGUCUCGGCGUUGCUCGGAGGCUCAAGUGGGAGAUAGACCUGUGCCAGAAGCAGCUCGAGGACACGAACCGUCACCUAUCUUUCCUCCAGCAGAGGGACCGAGAAUUGCAGAGGCAACGGCAAGGGUUUAAUGAUACUCUUGUUGAACUCCCGCCGUUGCUGCCAGCGUUCUUCUCGAAUGGGGGCGGCGUCAGGAGUUUCUAUGAGCAGAUGCAGCGUAACCCGACCACUACUCUGCUCGACUCGAGUUGCAUGAAUUAUCAAGGACUCAAUUACCGAUCGACGUACGAAGAAGGAGCGACCAGCACUGAGCCCUUCGAUCUCUUUCGCGUGACAGGGCCAUGGAAUGACAACCCGGCCGUGACAAUCGCGAGGGCGGACCAGAUUACUAAACCUGAAGAGGCGAAGCAGGAGGAUUCACGAAGGGUGUGCGAUGAUGGAACCGAGAGCGUGGAGCUACGUUUGAAAGACCGGGACUUUGAAUGUUGUGGCGAUCAAGGCAAAUAA